UGUGAUUAUUAAAAUCAGAGAGAAGUUAUCUUGUAAGGCAUAAAAUCUUGUUUCUGUUCUUUCUUCAGCUAUUAUUGUCUACAGGUUGCCCUGGACCUGGAAGUGCAGCAAACUCCUAAUGAAGUUCAUACAUGCUGGAUUAAAUACCAUAGCUAUGAUUCUUGCAAUUGUUUCUAUGGUAGCCGUGUUUGAAUACCACAAUGCCAGGAACAUUCCUAACAUGUACAGUCUGCACAGCUGGAUUGGGCUGACUGCUGUUAUAUUUUAUUCUCUCCAGCUUUUCUUGGGUUUCGCUGUCUUUCUGCUCCCUUUUGCUCCAGUUCCUCUCCGAGCAGCUCUUCUGCCAAUACAUGUUUAUUCCGGUCUUACCAUCUUUGCAACAGUGAUUGCAACAGCUCUGAUGGGGAUCACAGAAAAGCUUAUCUUUUCACUGAAAAGUCCUGCAUAUAGUGCAUCCCCACCAGAGGCAACUUUUGUCAACUGUCUUGGUCUUUUGCUUGUCAUAUUUGGUGCACUUAUUUUGUGGAUGGCAAGCAGGCCCCACUGGAAGCGUCCCCCAGAAGAGAAUGUUAAAGUUCUGCGGCCCACUGGGGAGACUCCUGAAGGCACAGAAGCAGAAUCCACAAUGACAGACGGUACCAAUGCAGAUAAAUCUGAUAAGAGGAUCAAUAGUGAAGCAGCCAGAAAACAAAACCUCAAGCUUGAUGAAGCAGGCCAACGAUCAACUAUGUAAAGAAAAUACACAGAAUAACAAUACUAUUAUACUGCCAAGCCCCCUGGUUCCUUCCGAUUUAGUUAUAUUGAUAUACAAAUAGGUUGGGGUUUUAUUUUCAGUAUGGCUUGCUCAAAGAUACUCAGUUUUCUGCAUAUUAAUUUAAAUUCCAGUAAGUCCCAAAUAUAUUACAUUGGUCCAUGCUCACUUCUCAAUUAAAAAAUGAGAGCAUGAAUGACACCACAUAAUGGGAAAAUCACAUAAUUGGAAAAUGUUUUCCAUAUCACUUCUUAAUUUAAUGCUUAUAUCUCUUACAGUUGUGAAAAGUUAUCAAGAUUAAGACUAAAUUUUGCUCUGAGUGAUUUUGCAGAUUAUGAAUCAGUCCCAAAGUAUACCAGACAGCAGAAUUUAGUUGGUCACACAUAAUUAUUCUAGUAAUGUUCACUUUUUUAAAGCCCUGAUUUCUUAAACUGAUUAAACCUCUUACCAGCUGCAAAGAUCUAUGGGAUUUGAGGUCAUUCAGCAAUUUGCAGAGUUGCACCAUAAAAAUGUUUAGUCUAAAAUUCUGAAUUCAAAAAAAGAAAUGAAAUUUUUUCUGAAAUCAUUAAAUGUUAUGUUUCUUUCAGAAACUUCUAUGUUGUUGUUCGGGGUUUUUUUAAUCAGAACAUGCCUAUUGGCUUUUUAACGAAAUAUAUUGUAUACAGACAACAUUUGAUUUGGGGUUAUGUGCAAUCAUUAGUGAAAUCUAAGGAAUUUGUAAAACAUCUAAAUGCAGAAUUUGUCUUAUCUGGAAAGCUAUAGAUACACACUUAGAAAAAUAUGUAUCACUUAAACUAAGUCUUCCUUUUAUCCUAAAAGGCAACAUUUUACCAUCUUUAUUUGAUUGCACAGUUCUAUUGAUUUAUGGCACUGGACUAGAAAUUAGGAGGUUGGAAACUAGAGAAGACUGCUAGCAGUCUCACAGAAAAAAGGAGCCUGAAUUGAGAAAUGCUUCCUCCAAGAAACAGCUGAGCUUUCCUGGUUUGAAUAAAACACUACUCGUUAACUGAAAGCCAAUUUUGGUAUCUUCACACUGGUGUCAAAACCAUUAUUGUCACAGGCAUGAAGAUAUACUUCAGUCUAUAAGCAAACUAUAUAAACCCUGUGACUUUUAAAUUUGAAAUUAUUAAAUAAUGCAGUUUGAGUCUCUACUGGCACUUCUAUAGCUCUUUCUAGUAAUGGGACUAUUAAUGUAUUAUUCAUUAUUUUCACAGAUAUAAACAAUACUUAUUUUUUACUACUAUAGAAGAAUAAUUAUAUUAGAUUAUUUUGAUUGCACAUGUUCAAAAUGAGCCUUUCUAUCAUAAUGUCUUGUAAAACCUGCAGAGCCCACUACAAGUCCAAAUUUACCACAGUUCCUCUUGCAAUAUAGACAAUUUCAGACAGCAUAUAAUUUCCUAUUUUUUUAAGACUACAUAAAUUGUUAUCUACUUGAGCUUUUUAAAAUGUUUAAACACAUUAAACUUCAGUAAAUAUGCCAUUUUUGUAGUUCAAUGUUGCAUCAAGACAAACAAUUUUGGUCAUAAGUUAUUUUGAUCUUCUCUGACAAGAAGCACCUCAGUUCCUGUUACUUGAUUUGUAAUAACAUUUAAUUAUUUGGUGAAAGCAGUAUAGAAAGCUAGAAUAGUAAAUUACCUGAAAAAAAACCCCAACAUUUCGGCUGUACCAUUUGUACUUAAGGACUACAUCCCAGAGUUCUAUGUUUUCACUUACAUAUGUUUGUGGAUGACUGGGACCCACCUAACAUUGGUUUAUUUCAUUUGAGAAAAUACCUGCUUUUAAAUGCCUCGGUGUAGAAUUCAGGUAUGACAGAAGGAAUACUUGAGCAUUAUUGCAUGAGCACUCCUCCAGUCCUACUACGUACAGUGGAUUGGACAGCUUUUGCCCUGUUUUUCAAGUUCUACACAGUUACCUGUCUUCCGUAAAAUUGUUCUGCGCAGCUUCAGUGUAAAAUUCAAAUAGUACUGAUAGAAAAACGAGAGCACUUGUUUUACAUGACAUUAGUGCUCCACUGACAUGACAUGAUUAUGUUAUGCAUCCUAUUACAAAUUUAUAUGUGGAACAUCAAAUAGGAAGAGGGAUUUGCAGUAGCUUCUGGAGAACACUAAACUGUGCUGUCUUCUGAUCUCAUUAUGUUCUGCUCAACAAGUCUGAUUUUUUCAGUAAACAUCAUACAGAAAUCAGUAAACAUCAUACAGAUGCUGGAUGCAUGUUUAGUUUUUGUGAGAGAUGCUUUAUUAACACUUUUGAAGUAUAACAGGUGAAGUGAAUAAAUGAACCCAACUGUUCUAGUAAUUUAAUAUGCUAGCUUUCUAUACCGCACUCACACAGGCAACAGCAUUUUAAGUUGGUGUUUAUUGUCCUGUUACUGUGUCUCAUCCACCUGUGAAAAUAAGCUCAUUCAAUCCUUGCAUAGUACUAAGUCAUCUAAUAAAAGCAUGUGUUCAUGUGGAAAGUAGUCAUUUGUCUAAGGAUUGUUCUGGAAGAAACUCUGAACUGUACAGUAUAUUGGGAAAAAACCCUCAGAAAAUCUGUGAUUUCUUUUGUUACAAUACUGACUUGGAGGUAUUGAAAUCAACAGCUUUUAGGUGAAUGGUUCUGUAUGCUAUGUAUGUUAAAGUUAAGCUACAGUAACCAG